AUGUCGGAUCGCGCGCGCGGCGGCGGGAGAGGCGGUCGAGGCGGCGGUCGAGGCGACGGGAGAGGUGGAUUCCGUGACGGUCGAGGCGGCGGCGGCCGAGGACGCGGUGGACACGGGCCGAGCACGAACGGUGGAAUCUGGCGAAGUAAGGUGACGUGCUUCGGAUGUCGAGGCGUUGGACACACGCUGAGAGACUGUCGAGUCGCGAAGGGCGGCGCCGCGGGAUCGGUGCGGGGGGAGAAGACGUGUUACAACUGCGGCUCGCGCGAGCACACGGCGAGCGCGUGCGCGGAAAAGUGGACGAAUUACGCGCACGCGAAGUGCUUCGUGUGCGGAGAGACGGGACAUUUGAGUAGAUCAUGUGGGAAGAAUGCGAACGGGGUGUACAUCAACGGUGGGUGUUGCAAGAUUUGUCGGGCGAAGGAUCACUUGGUGAAGGAUUGUCCGCACAAGGGUGACUCGUGCAUUCGGUGCGGAGAGCGCGGACACUUCGCGGCGCAGUGCACCAAGGUUCCAAACAAGGUUGGGAAGAAAAAGGAGGUUGUUGCGACGGGGCAGAAACGACGCUUCGGUGGAGAUGAUCUGGAAGAUGAUUUCCAGGAUGACGUCGAAAAAGCGGGCGAUGCGGACGAAGACGAGGGCGACGACGACGACGACGCAGAGCCCGCGAAAAAGCCGGAAAAGAAGAAGAAAAAGAAUCGCGAGGUGGUCUUCUGA